AUAGUACUAUAAUGCUUUUAAUAAGCCUCUCUUUCUCUAAUGUCUCUCUGGUUUUGUGUGUGUGUGUGUGGAUUCUGGCGUGUUCCUGAAGCUAUGCCGUUAAAGCUUGUCUUUGCCUCCUCUUGGCCGUUACUACCUCCAAUUUACAAAACCAACACUGCUUUAUCAAAAACCUUUUCUUUCCCAAAAUCACAUUUAUACAUUUUGCACAACUUGCACUUCUCAACACACCCUAUAUUGGUUUCCACUUCCAACUUGCUUUCCCUUUCUCCUGGUUUCAAGGGAAACAAGUGGAAUCAUUGAAACCAGACAACGAGUUCCCGCACCUUGAUUCAACAGUAAAACUUGAUGAUGCUACAGUCCUACUUUACCACAAUACCAAUUUUCCUACUCCUGCUUGUGUUUACUCGAACUAAAGCUGAUCUACAGUCAGAAAAGCAAGCCCUCCUUGAUUUUGCUGCUGCACUUCAUCAUGGUCCAAAGGUCAAUUGGAACUCUAGUACCUCAAUCUGCACUUCAUGGGUGGGAGUUACAUGCAGUCAUGAUGGCUCUCAUGUGCUUUCUGUGAGGCUUCCAGGUGUCGGAUUGCGUGGUUUUCUCCCACCAAGAACACUUGGUAAGCUUAAUGGCCUCAUUAGUCUCAGUCUUAGGUCCAACAGCUUGAGGGGGAACCUUCCAACUGACCUACUUUCCCUUCCUUCCCUGCGCUUUGUAUAUCUCCAACACAACAACUUCUCAGGUGUUAUUCCUGAUUCUCUGCCACCGCGGCUUAUCUUUCUUGAUUUGUCCCAUAACUCUUUUACAGGACAAAUUCCAGCCUCAAUCCAAAACUUGACACAUCUGAUAGGAUUUAACCUCCAAAACAACUCUCUCACAGGACCUAUUCCUGAUGUUAACCUUCCUAGCCUUAAGGAUUUGGAUUUGAGCUUCAACUACUUGAAUGGAUCUAUUCCUUCAGGUCUCCAUAAGUUUCCUGCCUCCUCAUUUAGAGGGAAUUUGAUGUUAUGUGGAGCACCUUUGAAACAAUGUUCUUCAGUUUCCCCUAAUACCACAUUGUCUCCACCAACAGUCUCUCAAAGACCAAGUGAUCUAUCAAACAGGAAAAUGAGCAAGGGAGCAAAAAUAGCAAUUGUUUUGGGGGGUGUCACAUUGCUGUUUCUUCCAGGUCUCUUAGUAGUGUUCUUCUGUUUCAAGAAAAAAGUUGGUGAACAAAAUGUAGCACCUAAAGAGAAAGGUCAGAAGCUUAAGGAGGACUUUGGGAGUGGUGUGCAAGAGCCCGAGAGAAACAAGCUUGUAUUCUUUGAAGGUUGUUCUUAUAAUUUUGAUCUGGAGGACUUGUUAAGAGCUUCAGCUGAAGUCCUUGGGAAGGGAAGUUGUGGAACAACAUACAAAGCCAUCUUGGAGGAUGGAACAACAGUAGUUGUGAAGAGGUUAAGAGAAGUGGCAAUGGGAAAAAAAGAAUUUGAACAGCAAAUGGAGAUUGUCCAAAGACUUGAUCAUCACCCAAAUGUGAUUCCCCUUCGUGCUUACUACUAUUCCAAAGAUGAAAAACUAAUGGUUUAUGACUACUCAACAGCCGGCAGUUUUUCCAAGUUAUUGCAUGGAACAACGGAAACUGGACGAGCUCCUCUAGAUUGGCAUACAAGAUUGAAGAUCAUAGUUGGAGCUGCUAGGGGCCUUGCUCAUAUCCACUCAGCCAAUGGAAAGAAACUUGUCCAUGGCAAUAUAAAAUCAUCUAAUGUGAUUCUCUCAAUAGAUCUUCAAGGCUGCAUAUCAGAUUUUGGCCUAACUCCCCUAACAAAUUUCUGUGGUUCCUCCAGAAGUCCAGGCUAUGGAUCACCUGAAGUUAUCGAAUCACGAAAAUCAACUCAAAAAUCUGAUGUGUACAGCUUUGGUGUUCUCCUCCUUGAGAUGCUGACUGGCAAAACACCAGUUCAGUAUUCAGGGCAUGAUGAAGUGGUUGAUCUUCCAAAGUGGGUCCAAUCUGUUGUUAGAGAGGAAUGGACUGCUGAAGUGUUUGAUCUUGAGCUAAUGAGGUAUCCGAACAUUGAAGAUGAACUUGUGCAGAUGCUGCAACUGGCAAUGGCAUGCGUGGCAGUGAUGCCGGACGCGAGACCUUCAAUGGAGGAAGUUGUCAGGACAAUUGAAGAACUUAGAGCAUCCAUUUAUUAAACCAGCCAUCAUUCUCACAAGACAAGUUCAAAGGGUCCUAUGGUUUCACUCUAUACAACUAAAUGGAUGGCUACUUAGCAGAGGAAGAUGCAUGAAUAUUUUCCAUAUGCCCGUGGCAACAAACUGCAAGAACAAUAUACACCAAUUGCCUAUACAUCGAAACAUGCCUAGUCAAGAUUCGUUUGAGGUCUUAGCAUCAAUAGAAAAAUACCUGUAUUUUUAUGUAUCUUGCCAUUUUUUUUUUUUGCCUUUUCGUGAUUUCUUUAACCUGAUGUUUAAAACCACACUGAAGUAAUAAAUCAAAAUUCGGUCAACAUAAAAUGGUAAUAUAUCUGAUUCAGUGAAUUAUAGCUUCA